AUGACGUCAGGCAUAACAAAUGUUGGGCAACAAGAACUAAAGCGUGCGGAAAUGCAAAAUCGUCACUCACUUCGCACAGAGCAACGAGAACGCGAACUUGAAGCGUAUCGAAUCAAAUAUGGUCUUCCAACACGGAUGAGUCCAAAUGGCGAUCCAAUCGCAUGA